AGUAUGAAAAUUUUAGUAUUUUCUCUUAAGUAUUUAAACUUUCCUGUCAUGGUUACAUUAAGUGCGUUCCAAGUUUUAUUCAUCAGUAACUAAACGUUAACUUUAAAUUUUCUAUAUUAUCAAUCGAACAUGCUGAGGCUACGUAAUCUAUUAACCGCCAACAGCAAGUCGUUGCUCAAUUUGCGAUCCCAUUUAACUACGGAUAACUACAAGGACAGUGCAUCGUGGUUUUCGAAGCUCCUAGUUCGCAAAAUAGAACCAACCAAGGAAUCCCAUAGUCGCAUGCUUAGCGAUAAGGAAAUUAUAUAUGCGUUGCAUACCCACAAUGUUCGGCCCGACUCUAUAAGCGAAUAUCUGAAGAAUUAUAAAACCACAGUAUCUUUAAUAAACGAAAAAAAGGCAAAUCUUUCCUGUCAAUUGGUGGCAUCAUGGACUGUACAGGUUGGCGACAUGGAUCAAACCUUGCAUCUUUGGAAAUACACGGGAGGAUUUGAAAAAAUUGACCAAGCCAAGGAAGAUCUAUGGAACGAUCCUGAGUACCUAAAAUUAAUGCAAGAACGCUCAAAAUUUUUACGGUCUCGUCAUCUGCAGUAUCUAUUAGCUUUUAGUUACUGGCCGAAAAUUGAAAAUAGAUGCGGAAAGAAUAUAUACGAAAUGCGGUCAUACCGAUUAACCCCUGGUACAAUGAUCGAAUGGGGAAAUAACUGGGCGCGUGCUAUUAACUAUCGUAAGCACAACAACGAAGCUUUCGCCGGAUUUUUCUCACAAAUUGGAAGACUGUACAACGUUCAUCAUAUCUGGUGUUACAAGUCUCUGCAGGAUCGUAAAGAAACAAGAGAAGCAGCAUGGCGAUCACCAGGUUGGGAUGAGUGCGUUGCAUAUACUGUACCAUUAAUACGCGAAAUGCAUUGUCGUGUUCUUGCGCCGACGGACUUUUCACCCACUCAGUAACUUAUGGGCAUCAAGAUAUGCAGCAAGGAACGCGUUUUUUGUAAAUAAGACGAGACGUUUCUGGUGGUAUAUGCAGAAAAUGAUUUAAAUAUAUUUUAAUUCAUGAUCGCAAAA